GAAAGAUACGAUUCUGAAAUUUCAACAAAACUUCACACGCUGGAAAACUUGAAAAGCUAUAUAGUAUAUGAUAGUUCCAUGGUCUAGUUGUGAGGACAUUGGACUCUGAAUCCAGUAACCCGAGUUCAAAUCGUCGUGGAACCUUUACUUAUUUCUUUUUUAUUUUCUUAUUCUUAUUUUUAAUCCCUCCAAUUUUUUUGGCUUCCACAGAGCCCCCAAAAUUCUGUGCCCUCCGUUUUUUGUUGUCCGAUUUCAAUGGACGGAGAAGGACUAGACGCAUCCAAACGGCGUAAAAUCGAAAACACAGUUAUGGAAAUCCUCGGAGCAUCCGACUUGGAAUCGACAACCGAGUGUACCGUACGCGCCGCCGUCGAGCAACGGCUCGGCUUGUCCCUAUCCGCCUUCUCUCACCGCCGGCUCGUUCAAAGGCUCAUCGACUCCUUUCUGCUCUCUACAGCUGCCGCCGCACUGAAUAAUCCCUCGCCUCGUGGGAAUAGCCCCCGCACCUAUAAUGUUGAAAAUGGAGAUUACAAUGGCAAAGUCAUUUGUAAGUUAUCAGACAAGCGGAUGGUGACGGUUUAUGACCAAUAUGGGAAAACCAUGGUUGCAAUACGGGAUUUUGACUUGAUACAUGGAAACAUGCGUCCUAGUAAAGGUCACAACUCAGGCUUGAGCUUGGAACCUGCACAAUGGUCAUCCUUAAGGAAUAGCUUUCCUUCUAUACAAACGGCAAUUGUCGAACUGGAAUCACGGUUGAGGCAUAAAAGUGAUGUCAACCUAGCUAGUAAUCUGAACUACCGAUCUGAAGCCAUUGCAAAGCAAAGUGAAGCAGACACGACAAACUCAGUGGCUGAUUCCGGUACCAGUAAAAGCCAAACAGAAGCAGACAUUUCUAAUUCAACAAGCAUUUUCAACCAUCCUAUAAAGACAGAACAAGCGGAAAAUGAGUCACAGACGAUAAACCCAACAGCAGAUUCGAAAGCUGAAAAAAACCAAACACAAGGAGACAUUUCUGAUUCUGCCUCUCGAAAUCAUGUUGCCGCGGAAAAAAGUCGAGAAUCAAACCAAAGCUCCCACGAAAACACUCCAUGUGAGAUGAAUCAAACCGAAGCUCACAUUCCCAAUUCCGUCUUCCAUUCACCAAAUCAAGCACCUAUCCAUGAUACAGAUUCUCUCGUUCUUCCUGAACAAUCAAACCCUGACAAUAGAAACCUAAUUGAAGUUGAUCCUCUCAAGAAACCUCAUUCUACGUCUAAUACAGUUCGUUGCCAACAAUUGGUCCCCAUACAACCUGUUCGCCUUGACGGGAGAAAUUAUAAUUCAUGGAGGACACAGAUGGAAUUUUUGUUAAAACAGCUAAAAAUUGCAUAUGUACUUGACGAGACCCUUGAUGAAAAAGGCAAAGUCAUAGCCGACAUACAGAAGUGGACGGAUGAUGACUACAUUUGCCGCCUCAACAUUUUAAAUUCUCUAUCCGACAACCUUUUUCAGUUAUACACACCGAAAAAUUUAUCUGCUCGAGCACUUUGGGAAGAGCUCAAAUCAGCCUAUGACGAGGACUUUGGGACAAAAAGGUCACGAAUCAACAACUACAUUCAGUUCCAAAUGGUCGAAGGGGUACCGGUUAGUGAGCAGGCUCGGGAGCUUGGCAAGAUUGCUGACUCCAUUAUUGCAUCUGGAAUUUGGAUUGACGAAUAUUUUCACGUGAGCAUGAUAGUUUCCAAGCUCCCUCCUUCUUGGAGGGAGUUUCGUGCUCGACUGAUGCACGAGGAUUUUUUGCCGCUCAAUGUGUUAAUGCGCCGUCUUCAGGUAGAAGAAGAGUCUCGUAAGAGAGAAUUUUUUAACUUUAGGAAGGAUAAUGUUGAGCCAAAGUCUGACUCGAGGCUUGGAGUGAGGAAAAGGGGAAGUGAUAAGAGGGUUUGCUAUAGUUGUGGCAAGGAGGGGCACGUAAGCACUUAUUGUCGGGAAAGGAAAUUUGAGGGGCGUGAAAAAGGUGGUGAGAAGGAGAAUGAAGAUGCAUGUGUGGAAAACACGAAACAAAUCGAUGGCUCAUGUGUGCUUUAAAGGAGGGACUUUGUGAUGAGGGAUCUAAAUGUUGUUGUAUGUUUGUAUUCAAGAUUUGUAUAUGCUGGAUAGAAUUUUUACUGCUGUUACUUGUUCGCUCUAUGUAGCUAAUCAGGUGCAGAUACAAUUUUCUUAAUCUGGACCAAUUAUUGCGAAACUGCUCUUUAGGACAAAAGCUCACAUAAAAACUGCUGUUACUAUGCUUCUCUCUUCAAUAAUACGUAAAAGCUCACGUUUCGGCAUUUGCCACUCUUUAGAAGUAGAUCAUCG